GAAAACGCGAGUGAUAGCAGUUGGUAGCACCAGCUGAUUUCUGCAGACCUCACGUCAGUUAAACAUUAGUUUCCGACGCCGCCUCCCCCAGCCCCAACAUGUCCGCGUCCAUGUCCGCGUCCACAUCGACCUCGCGUCCCGCCCUUUCUGCCAGAAAUUCAGACUCCCUGUACCCCGAAGGACGCCGCAGGUCUAGCCUUCGCAUCUUGCCCCCUCCAAUCAACACAAACCACUCAAAGGACGAUUUCCCCCACAGUCCAAGAAAACAAAGAACUCCAAAGUCGGCCACCUUCGUUCUUCCUCCUACGCCAGAAGGCAAAGAAUAUACACCUCAUCUGUUAUUGAGUCCAGACAUGAACGGUCACGCCAAUGGCAAUGGCAAGCUUCUGGCCCGCCGUCCGUCGGCGCCCAUGAUGCCUCCCAUGAUGGUCUCUGCUCCUGGAAAGGUCAUUGUCUUUGGGGAGCAUGCCGUCGUUCAUGGCAAGAAAGCAAUCGCCGCCGCCAUCUCUCUCCGUUCCUAUCUACUCGUAACUUUCCUCUCCAAGACUCGCCGCUCCGUCUCCUUACGCUUCCCUGACGUCGGCCUGAGCCAUUCAUGGAAUAUAGACGAUCUUCCCUGGGCGGCAUUCGCUGCGCCCGGUAAGAAGAAGUACUACUAUGACCUAGUGACUUCUCUUGAUGAAGAGCUUGUUGAAGCACUGCAACCUCAUAUCCAAUCCAUCUCCCCCAAAAAACCAGAGCAAAUUCGCAAGAUACAUCAAGCCUCUGCUUCCGCCUUCCUUUACCUCUUCCUCUCACUCGGAUCUCAGAAAAGCCCACCGUGCAUCUACACCCUCCGCUCUACAAUUCCGAUUGGCGCCGGUCUGGGCAGCAGCGCGUCAAUUGCUGUGUGUCUCGCAACCGCCUUGUUACUACAAAUUCGCGCACUCAGCGGCCCGCAUGAGGAUCAACCUUCGGCCGAAUCAGAACUACAAAUCCAAAGAAUCAAUCAUUGGGCGUUUGUUGCAGAGUGUGCCAUUCAUGGUAAUCCUUCUGGCGUGGACAACACUGUGUCAUCCGGCGGCAAAGCCGUGUUGUUUCAGCGCACCGAUUAUGCGGCACCUCCUAGAGUAGAGCCUCUUCGGUCUUUCCCCGAACUACCUCUUUUGCUCGUCGAUACACGCCAAUCGCGGAGCACCUCGGCGGAGGUGGCUAAGGUCGCUACGCUCAAAAAGACACAUCCGAUCAUUGCUGACAAUAUUCUCAAUUCCAUUCACGAUGUCACCGAAUCUGCACACAAUCUAAUUACCAGAGACGACUUUGAGCUGAACGCCGAAUCUCUACAGCAUCUAGGCGAGCUCAUUACUAUAAACCACGGCCUUCUCGUCUCACUCGGUGUCUCCCACCCUAAACUAGAGCGCAUUCGCGCCCUCAUCGAUCAUACAGGUAUCGGGUGGACUAAGCUCACUGGUGCAGGAGGAGGUGGAUGUGCCAUCACCAUUGUCAAGCCCACAGAAGAUGAUGAAGUUCCUCGCCCACCUGUAGAUCUCGAAAAUACCCUCAUCGACGAGGGUUUCCAAACCUUCCACACUACCCUUGCCGGUGACGGAGUAGGCGUUCUCUGGCCUGCCGUGCUCCACAACGGUCUUGAGGAAGAAGGUGGCACCGAAAUUGAUCAAGAGAAAUUCCUGAAUGCCGAAGGUACUGAGGGUGUUGAGACGCUCGUAGGUGUUUCGGUCAACCUCGGCAACGUCAACGCAGUCCGCGAGGGCUGGCGAUUCUGGAGACCUUAAACUGAACACGAUGGCCAUCUCAGAUAACGUGAUGUUCUUGCAAGUGAACAACACUGACCUUGCGAAAGGGUAUGUAAAUAGUAUCUUCAAUCUGACUUUACAUGGCGCUACUCGGAUUAAAAAGAGUAGCCUCGCGGCUGGAGUUUGUGUGUCGGAAAGCGAGGCAAUGGGUUGGGUUUGUUUUAUUACCAAGGAGCGAAAUGUACACUACACCUCUAUCUAUUACCGACGGCAGUAGUAUCGUGAUUCUAACGUAGCGAAGCUGCUGCUAAGAGUCGUCAUAAUGCUUAUUACAUGUAUAC